CUUGUCAAAUGGAUGGAUAGCUGUCUUCAUGUCUCAUUUGCCUCCUGAUCUGGAGCCUUCUGUGAUCUUGGGAACAGAUAGCAUUGGCUAUGCCCCUUCCCAACCCUGAGAAGGGGCAGGAAUGCUGCAGAAGAUAUUCUGACCUCCCUCCAUGUGUGUCUAUGCACCUGUGUGUAUGUGUGCAUGCACAUGCAUGUGUGAUCAGGGUGAGGGAUCAGGGGAUUCUUAUCCUAGAGACUCUGGGACCACCCAGAAGGCCCUGUCAUCCUCAUGACUUUUCUUCCCCCACAGCCCCACCUUCUCUGCACUCUGCCCUUCUCCAGAUGCGGAGCCUCAAGGGGGAGGAAAGGAUGCCUGCUGCACGAGGGAAGUCCAAGUCCAAGGUGCCAGUGACAUUUGGGGAUUUGGCCAUCUACUUUUCCCAGGAAGAGUGGGAAUGGCUGAGCCCCAUUCAAAAGGAUCUGUAUGAAGAUGUCAUGUUGGAGAACUACCAGAACUUGGUCUCUCUCGGACUUUGCUUUCGGAGGCCAAAUGUGAUCACCUUAUUGGAGAAAGGGAAAGCACCUUGGAUAGUGGAGCCAGUGAGGAAACGCCGGGGUGUGGACUCAGGGUCUAAAUCUGAGACCAGGAAGUUACCUCCAAAUCUGUGCAACAAAUCUGGGCAAAGCAUCUAUCAGAAACCAAUUUCUGCAUCACAGAAAGUUCCCACAGGAAAGAGAGGCUGCAAGAAGAGUUCAGUUCUAAUAAAACCCAGGAAGGUGCAUUCAGGGAAGAAAUCUUUAAAAUGUAAUGACUGUGGGAAAACCUUUGGUCAAAGCUUAUCUCUUAAACUUCAUCAGAAAUCUCAUACUGGAGAGAAGCCUUAUGAAUGCAGUAAUUGUAGAAAAGCUUUCAGACAGAUCUCAUCCCUCAUUCUUCAUCAGAAAAUUCACAAUGGAAGGAAAAGCUAUAAAUGUGAUAAAUGUGGAGAAAGCUUCAUUCAAAGAACAUCUCUUAUUCUACAUGGGAAAGUUCAUAAUGGAAAGGAAACCUUUGACUGUGGGAGGGCCUUGAGUCAGUGCCCACCUCCCAGUGUGGGCCAGAAAAUUAGUUUUGUUGAGAACAUCCACCAGUGUGGAAAGUGUGGGAAAGACUUCAUUCGAAUGUCAUCCCUAUUACUUCAUAAGAAAUUUCACAGUGGAAAGAAAAUUCAUAAAUGCAAUAAAUGUGGGAGAGGCUUCAGUAAGAAAUCAGCCCUUGUUAUACAUAAAAGAAAUCAUACUGGAGAGAAAACCCAUGAAAGUGAGAAGGUGUUAAGUCAGAGUCCACAGCAGAAAAGUCACCAUUUAGAGAAUCCUUAUAAAUGUAGAGCAUGUGGAAAAUCCUUUAAUAGGAUUUCAUCCAUUAUGCUUCAUCAGAGAAUUCACACGUCAAAGAAAACCUACAAAUGUGAUAAAUGUGAGAAGGUCUUCAGGCGGCUUUCAACCCUUAUUCUGCAUCUAAGAAUUCAUAAUGGAGAGAAACUGUACAGAUGCAGUAAAUGUGAGAAGGUCUGUAAUCGGCAUUCAUCCCUUAUUCAACAUCAGAAAGUUCAUACAAGGAAAAAGAAAAUGUUUGAAUGUAAGGAAUGUGGAAAGAUGUUUUCUGGAACUGCAAACCUUAAAAUACAUCAGAACAUUCAUUCUGAAGAGAAACCUUUCAGAUGCAAUAAAUGUAGUAAAGUUUUUGGCCGUCAGUCAUUUCUUAUUGAACAUCAGAGAAUUCAUACUGGAGAAAAACCCUAUCAGUGUGAAGAAUGUGGAAAAGCCUUCAGUCACCGAAUAUCUCUUACUCGACAUAAGAGAAUUCAUACUGAAGAUAGACCCUAUGAAUGUGAUCAGUGUGGGAAGGCCUUCAGUCAGAGUGCACACCUUGCCCAACAUGAAAGAAUUCACACUGGAGAAAAACCAUAUACGUGCAAAACAUGUGGGAAGGCCUUUAGUCAACGCACAUCCCUUAUUCUACAUGAAAGAAGUCAUACUGGAGAGAAACCCUAUGAAUGUAAUGAAUGUGGGAAGGCAUUUAGCAGUGGCUCGGAUCUUAUUCGGCAUCAGAGAAGUCAUUCUUCAGAGAAACCAUAUGAAUGUAGUAAAUGUGGGAAGGCAUAUAGUCGGAGUUCAUCCCUGAUUCGACAUCAGAAUACACAUUCUGAAGAAAAAGCCUAAGUUUGUUUUAAAUAUGUGAAAGCAUAGAGUGAGGCUUUCAAAGUAGGAGAGACCAAGGCAUAGGAAAAUGCAUUUGUUUAUAACAUAAAUUUUGUAAAAAUGGGACCAUUUGAUGAUGUGUCCCACUUGAAAGCCAAAGAGCAAAAGUCAUUGAUGACUUUGACCAGAUGAUUUGUCAUCAGCUGAGGCCAUGACCUUACCAUAGGUCUUAAUUUCAAAAUAGCAAGCUCGGAUGAUUGGAUCAGUCAUUUUUAAUGAAUACUACUCCUCAUGUGAUAAGAAUUACUGAUAUUUUAUUUCCAGUGUAAUUUAAAGCUAUUUCAUUAGUCACAUACAACAAAGUAGAACUGCAAAGUCCAUAUUUCUGGAUGGGGCUUUGAGCCUGAUUUAAGGUCACAUGAAGAAUGAGUUUGAGUUUGUCUCUUAGGACUGGAACUAUCACAUAUAAGAGAUUUCCUGGGCAAACCAGGGUGCUACUUCCAGCUGGCAGAAAAUUGUGGGUGAGAAAAGAGAAGAGUCUUCAAGUGGAUAAAGAUAGCACUCAUAAUUGUGUGAAUCAGUUGUCAUUACCAUAUUGUCUCCAUAUGAAAAUAUAUGAUAUUCAUGGUGUGAAAAAUCUAACAAGCCUGAGACAGGCUAAUGGGAAAAAAGAAACCAGAGAAAUGAGAACUUAAAAGCAGGGAGAAAUUAUUUGUUACUGUUUUAUUGAAAAUAAAUUUGUCUAUAUUUAUAUAAAUAAACAUUGGUAUUUUCAUG